CAAAACUAUCGCCUUCUUCCUUCCCUUUCCCUUCCCCUGCGAUCACCCUUACAUUCCGCUCACCCUUAUAACUCGCCUCUUCCUUCGAUCUCCGGCCAGACGAAAUCUACUCUUUCCCCACAAUCCUGGAUAUUCCCUCCCUUUGUACCCUUCUCCUCCCAAAAACCAAAUAUCUAAAUUUACACCACCCCUUUCCCCUCUAUAUAAACCUGGUAAAUGCCCCUUUUCUCUACCGUCACCAAAACAGGACGACACAGAGAAAAACAGGGCGACAACAAAACAUCCACCACAUUCUGAGUUCGAAAAAACAUUUUUUUUUAUCACACACAACAUUUCCUUAACAAAAUGGAGGACAAUUACCUGAGGGAAAUGGAAGGCAAGCAAGUCCACGACCCAUUCUACCACCGCAACCACAACAACAACAAUAACAAAAAAAUCUCCUGCUCGCCGCCGCCGCGGAGGCAGGAGAUCGUGAUGGGCCCGGUGAUCGUCGGAGCAGGCCCAUCGGGCCUCGCGACGGCGGCCUGCCUAAAAGAAAAGGGGAUCCCCAGCGUGAUCCUCGAGCGGACCAGCUGCAUCGCUUCCCUAUGGAAGCACCGAACCUACGACCGGCUCUGCCUCCACCUCCCCAAGCAAUUCUGCGAGCUCCCGGGCCUGCCUUUCCCGGCCCACUACCCGGAAUACCCGACCCGGGCCCAAUUCGUCGACUACCUCGAAUCCUACGUGUCGAAAUUCGGGCUGCGGCCGAGGUUUGACGAGGCGGUGGAGAGCGCGGAGUACGACGAGGACGCCGGGAUGUGGCGGGUGGCGACGGCGGCGAAUGCGGAGUAUCUUUGCCGGUGGCUGGUGGUGGCGACGGGGGAGAAUGCGGAGGCGGCGGUGCCGGAGAUCGAGGGGAUUGGGGAGUUCGUCGGGGAAGUGAAGCAUUCGAGUUUGUACAAGUGUGGAGAGGAGUAUAAGGGGAAGAAGGUUCUGGUGGUUGGGUGUGGGAAUUCGGGGAUGGAGGUGUGUUUGGAUCUCGCCAAUUUCGGUGCUUGUCCUUCUCUUGUCGUCCGUGAUACCGUGCAUGUUCUUCCACGAGAGAUGCUAGGGAAGUCGACUUUCGGCCUGUCCAUGUGGUUGAUGAAGUGGCUGCCCAUACGCCUGGUGGACCGGUUGCUACUGUUCGGGUCCUGGUUCGCCCUCGGGGAUACCAGCCGGUUCGGUCUGGGUCGCCCGAGCUUGGGCCCCCUGGAGCUCAAGACCGUCCAUGGAAAGACCCCUGUUCUUGAUGUUGGAACAUUGGCCAAGAUUCGAAGUGGCCAAAUUCAGGUUCUCCCAGGGAUCGAGAGGGUUCGAAGGCAUACGGUUGAGUUCGUUGAUGAUAGAAUAGAGAAGUUCGACGCUAUCCUCUUGGCGACCGGUUACAAGAGCAAUGUGCCAUCUUGGUUGAAGGAAGGGGAGAUGUUCUCAGAGAAAAAUGGGUUCCCAAGAAGGCCAUUCCCACAUACUUGGAAAGGAGAGUUUGGGCUAUAUGCAGCAGGGUUUGCCAAACGUGGGUUAAUGGGAGCUGCCAUGGAUGCCCAGAAAAUUGCUCAGGAUAUUGAAAAGUGUUGGUUUAUUGACACUGAACCCAAAUUAAAGACCAACCCUAAUAAUUCCAUGCCCUUCACUAGGUCACCCAUUUCUUUCUUCCCCAAAACUACUACUUCACAGUGAUCAAUUUUUCUCUCCAACAAACAAAUUUUUUUGCCCUUUCCCAAUAACAACACUCUCAUCACAAAACAAAUGUAAAGAGAAGAAGAAAAAAAUUGGAUGAGAGAUUCAACAAUUUUGAUCCAGAAAUUUUAGAUUUUAGGGUUAGCUCUAGCUAGUGAGCUAAUUGGUUUGCCCCAUUUGAGAAGGCAACAAGGGAUAAGGACUUUAGAAAAGAGUAAUUAAUUAGCCUUUAUCUGUUAGGUUUUGUUUUUCCUUUUAUUUUUCGAAUUUUAUGAUGAGCAAGUGAAGAAUAGAGACAGCCAGGCAACCAACCAGCAAUUUGGGGAUUUAUGGCACAUUUGAGGGGGAGGCUGAAAUGAGAUGGAUAGGGUUGAGGGGACCUUCAAUUCUUUACUAUAGAUUUUGGUACCAUUUCUUUGCUGUAAAUUCCUCAAUUUUCUUUAUGUAGCAUUAUUAUUAUUAUUUUAAAUAAUAAAAAGUGUUUUGAGAUAAAAUGAUGGGUGAUCUCCAGAAGCAACGAAAUUAUCGAUGU